ACAAUUAAAAUAGCAAUCUGAGUUUGGAGACAUUCAUUGUGAAUAGAUUUUACUACAUUAAUACCACUUAGUUAUUUAUAUAUCUGUCUUUCAAACGUUCUAAAUUAUUUGAUUAAUAAGUUAUUCUCAAGUGACAAGUUAUUGAAAUCACAGUUAAAGUUACGAAGUGAAGUGCUCGCAAAAAGUGAAAAAGAUGUUUUUGUGACGUAAUAUCAAAAAGUGUUAUUUAUCGGAUAAAAGAAUGGCCGAAACGAGUGAAGCCAAAGCUAGCGCCUCCGCUCCCGGCGGAGACGCUGGUGGAGAAGAGGACAAACGAGACGAGAGGAUGUUAGAAUGCAACAUCUGCCUUGAUACAGCACGAGAUGCAGUCGUCAGUAUGUGUGGACAUCUAUUCUGUUGGCCAUGCUUGCACCAGUGGCUGGAAACGAGGCCAAGUAGACAAGUUUGUCCAGUAUGCAAGGCAGCUAUUAGUAGAGAGAAGGUUAUUCCACUGUAUGGUCGAGGCAACACUAAACAAGAGGAUCCCAGAAAUAAGGUGCCCCCCCGGCCGGCCGGCCAGCGCACGGAGCCGGAGACCAGCAGCGGCUUCCCGGGCUUCGGGUUCGGCGAAGGCUUCCACAUGUCCUUCGGCAUCGGCGUUUUCCCCUUCACCUCCACAUUCAACUUCGGGGACCCGAGGCCCAGCGCCGCGCCGCGCGGCACAGCUCAGUACGAGGAGGAGCAGUUCCUGUCCAAGAUCUUCCUGUGGGUGGCGAUCCUGUUCGUGCUGUGGCUGAUAUUCGCGUGACCUCCGCCGACCAGCGCGCGCCCCGCCCCCCGCACCCUCACACCCCGCACACCCCUCCUCUUGGACCGAUCAUCCAUAGACGGACCAUCCACGCCGGCGCUGCUGGCGGCUCUGCGGUGACGUCAUCACACACACAGACACACACUCACACACCCGUGUCUCGUCGCUUGAUAGCUAUGUUUCCCGUAAGGUUCCCAGAGGAGCGGCCAUCAACCAGUGGUAUAGUUUUGUUCUUGUAUUACAGCCGAUCUCGCGCAGCCUCCUUGUUUAUAAAACAGAUUAAUAUUAUAGAUAUAUUUUUUUACGACAAAAUUUUGUCCCGUUUAAAGAAACAUUCCUCACAGUCCGCGGACACGUAUACAGUAGAUUAAGGAACGGAUGCCGGCGGGCGGAGUCAGGGGUCUGUAGUAGUUAUUAUAAAUUGUGAGUGGCGAUGUUUAGGGCCGGAGAUAAUAGGUGAGGAGACUAGAGAUAAGUGCUUUAACGCUACACACACGGACACGACCGGCGGCGGUAGGUCCACGACCCACGACCUCACGGGCCAUCCGUGAUGUGAAAUCUUGUAUAACAUAGGUACUAUAGGUUAGAUCUACAGAAAAUUAACGUGAAGUAACGAGUAAGUCUAGCGUGAGGUGCGCUCAGAGUAGCGGCAACCCGACCUCUGCCCUGUGACCUCGCCACUAGCUCGCAUCGCACUAAACACAGUCCGGCAUUUCAUUCACCGUCUCGUGAUGUUCGUGAAUGAGACCGAACUGUCCGCGUCCCCUGACGCGACGGACACCAGCGGCGAGGUCUCGGGACAGUGGCCGGUGAGACUCGACCCCCGACAUCCCGAUACACACAUGCAUGUCGGAUGGGUUGGCCUCAGGUCGGUGGCCGCCGGUCGCGGCUCGGACGCCUCCCCUUCUAUAGUUUUAUCGUCCUCGUUGUCUGUCGGUAGUUCUCUAACAAUAUUCCUGUAUCAUAAGAGUAUGUAAAUAAUCUUCAAGUUUUAUGUAAAUUAUUAAAUGCUAUGAAAGGUC